CCCGUCCCAUAAUGCAGGCGGAUAACUUUUACCGAAACACAGUGAAAACAUGGCGGAAAACAGUACUAAGCCUGAAAAAUCUGGUGUAAUAACGGUGACUGUUAAAACACCUAAAGAAAAACACAAUGUUGAAGUCAAAGAAGGAGCCACUGUGCGGGAGUUGAAGGAAGAAGUACAGAAAAAGUUUAAUGCACCCUAUGAACAGUUGUGUAUAAUAUUUGCUGGAAAAAUUGUCAAAGAUGAAGAUUCCCUGGAACAGCAUGGAAUUAAAGAUGGUUUAACAGUUCACCUUGUAAUCAAAACAGCCAAUAGAACAGCGCCUGAUCCUUUAACAACUAGACUUUCAUCAACAACUGGAAGUGCUGCUCCUGAUGUAUCACAGACUCCAUUUAAUCUUGGUGGUAUUGGGGGCCUUUCUGGGUUGAGUGGACUUGGCAUGGGCUCAUCUAAUUUUAUGGAGAUGCAGCAGCGAAUGCAAAGAGAGAUGUUAAACAAUCCUGAUAUGCUAAGACAAUUGAUGGACAAUCCUUUUGUUCAGUCAAUGAUGUCUAAUCCUGAGAUAAUGAGGUCAUUACUAAUGAACAAUCCACAAAUGAGAGAGUUAAUGGAGCGAAAUCCUGAAAUCACUCACAUGUUAAAUAAUCCAGAGCUGAUGCGACAGACUAUGGAACUAGCUAGAAAUCCUGCCAUGAUGCAAGAAUUAAUGAGGUCGCAAGACAGAGCUAUGAGUAAUCUUGAGAGUAUUCCUGGUGGAUUUAAUGCUUUACAACGCAUGUACCGUGAUAUACAAGAACCAAUGAUGAGUGCUGCUCAAGAAACAAUUGGUGCAAACCCUUUCGCUUCACUUGUAAACAGUGGUUCUACAGGGACAGGUGAAAACACUCAACAAGGUCGAGAGAACCGAGACCCAUUGCCAAAUCCUUGGGGAAGUCCAACUCCAAGAAGUGCUAGUGACACAUCUCAAACAGGAUCAACAGAACAAAACCCAACAGCAGGAAUGUUCAACAGUCCUGGCAUGCAGAGUCUUAUGCGUCAAAUGAUGCAAAAUCCACAGAUGAUAAGUAACAUGCUUCAGGCUCCUUACAUGCAAUCUAUGAUGCAGUCUUUGGCUGCUAACCCAGAAUUAGCUCAGCAGAUUAUAGGAAAUAAUCCUUUGUUUGCCAAUAAUCCUCAAAUGCAAGCAAAUUUCACCUCAAUGAUGCCCAAUCUUCUUCAGCAGAUGCAGAAUCCAGAAGUACAAAAUAUGGUCACAAAUCCAAGAGCUUUAGAGGCACUCAUGCAAAUACAAAAUGGUUUAUCUCAACUUCAGCAAGAGUCACCGAAUCUCUUUACUAGCAUGACAGGCUUAGGUUCAGCAUCACCUUUAAUGACAGGAACGCCAACAACACCAACAACACAGUCAUCUACACCAGCCCCUACAUCAGGUAUACUGUCUGAAGGUGGACCACUUGGUCAGGGGCCACAGAAUAACACAGCAGCAUUCUCUUCCAUGAUGGCACAGAUGAUGCAAAUGAUGGUUGGGGGACAACAAAAUCAGCCUCCAGAACAAAGAUAUGCAUCACAGUUAGAGCAGUUAGCUACUAUGGGAUUUGUUGAUAGGGAGGCUAAUAUAAGAGCUUUGACUGCUACAUUUGGUGAUGUCAAUGCUGCUAUUGAUAGACUAUUACAGCAAAGAUGAUGAAUUGAAGCCAGAAACAUGAGGAAAUAGAAACUAUUUAUUAUAAUAUUGAUUGAUUACAAAAAAAAAAAAUUGCGUUCAUAUCCCUUUGAAAGUGAAACAUUUUCAUUCUGACUCUAAAUGUUUUAUGUAUUGUCUUCAUUUGAAUAGCUACAGUUUCUUCAGACUAUCCCAAUUGUGUACAGGUUUCAUUUAGUUUUUUUUUUUUUUAAGAGUUACUUUUUGUUUAUGGGUAGGAUUUUUUUUUUUCUUUUUUUUUUUAUACUGAUAAUGCUAUAUAUAUACUUUGUUAGAAAUCAGUUCUAUUGGAGGAAAUUCCUGUGCUUCUUUUAACUGCCUAAAAGUGAAAAGAAUGAUUUUUAAUUAAAACUGAUUUUACCUCUUUUUUUUUUUUUCUUUGUUAUUCAUAGGUUCAAAUGAGUAAAUGACUUGUGAUAUCAUGGGAACUCCAUUGUUGUUGUUGUUGUUUUUUUAACAUGUAAACAAAGUAAAUCUAGUUUGAAUUUCAUAAGUACAUUCUUCCCAUUGAGAUUUAUUGUCCUAAGCAACACUUUUAUAGAUUUGAAGAGAUUAAGCUUCGAAGGCUGGUUUUUUUUUAAACAUCAAAAAGAGAGCUACACAAAUAGUGAAGUAGCAAAUGUGAUAGAAACAUUUUAAAUGUUUGUCAUUUUGGCCCAUCAAUCUUGCCUUCAAGAACAGAGUUGAAUACUCCUCUAAAGUUCUUAUUGGUUGAAAUUAAUGAUGAUUGAAUAACUUUUUGCCAGAAACAUAAGUAGCUCUUCAAUCCAGAUGAUAAUAAUAUCUUUGUAAAAGCUUGGAAGAUAGGAUAUAAAGAAUCUGAAAUUAAAUGCAAUUUGGAUUGUUCUUUUAUAUAUAUAUUUAAAUUGUUCUAUCAUCUGUAAUAUUUCCCUUAUCCUUGGCGUCAGUAAUUAUCCCAAAGUAUUGAUACUUUUAUCCAUCGUCAAAUAUCAUUUCAUUUACAUCACUUUUGAAUUGAAAGAAUAUGUAUAGCUUUAAAACAUGUUCUGUAUUCAGACUAAUACUGAGGUGUGGACUGAUCUUAAUCCUAUUUUGCUAGUCAAGAAAUCUUAACCAUUUUACAUAGUUCUGACUUCGUGGUUUUAAAUAUCAAAACUUUUUACUUAUUAAUUUUGCUACACAUAAACUAAUUACCUUAUGUUCACUCUCUUGGAUUAUUGUCAAUGACUUUUGUAAAACUUUUUUUAACCAGACCAUUUAUAUAGGUUCCAGUAAUGAAUAUUUUGUUAAAAUACUGCAGAAUGUCAUUACUAGGCUAAGCAGCAGAUCUUUUUACUGAGAGUGAUAUCACAUGAUUAGAAACAAUAGUGAAUGCGAUAAUCUUUAAGCAUUCUGUUAACUUCCCAGCCAAUACAAAUAGAUCCUUCAGAUUAAGGGUUGCAUUUUAUUGGUUGGUAAGUUAAAUUACAUUUUAUUGAUAUUUCUGUAUUGCAUUCCAUUUCAAAAAAAUAAUUGGCAGUACUUGUUAGCAUCAAAACUAUUUGAUCAUUGCUAGAGCUCUAUUUGUGCUGUUUUCUAAAUGUACUAAGUAGAAACUGAAAUUCUCUUGUUAUUAUAGAACGACCAACAGAUUUCUCUUUGUUUCAACUUUCUACCUCUCAUUGUUGAAACACUGUUUCGUUCAGUAAGCUUUUUUUUUUUCUCUAUCCAAAACAGUGUCAGAAUUGGUUGUUGGUUCUUGUUUCAUGGUUUGUGCACAUUUUAAACAAAUGAAACAUUAAAGUUUUCCAAUGGUAAC